AUGGAGGGUCUUUUCUUCAAUGUGAAUUCUGGAUAUCUCGAAGGUAUUGUUCGAGGAUAUCGGAACAGCCUUCUGACCGGCCAGAACUACUCCAACUUGACACAAUGCGAAACCAUUGAUGAUGUCAAGCUUCAACUUGGUCCUGCCUACGGCGACUUCCUCGCCUCUCUACCCCCGAACCCCUCCACCUCCUCCCUCGCUGGCAAAAUGACCGACAAGCUAGUGUCGGAGUUCCGAUACUUAGUCGCACAGGCAACUGGAUCAACAGCCCAGUUCCUCAAGUACCUUACUUACGGUUAUAUGAUCGACAAUAUUGCUCUCCUGAUCACCGGUACUCUGCAUGAGCGUGAUACCCGAGAACUCCUGGAACGAUGCCAUCCGCUCGGCUGGUUCGAGACCUUGCCCGUUCUAUGUGUCGCAACCAACAUCGAAGAGCUCUAUAACUCAGUCUUGAUCGAGACACCAUUGGCGCCAUACUUCAAGGGCAGCCUGAACCACCAGGACCUGGACGAGCUGAACAUCGAGAUUGUUCGCAAUACUCUCUACAAGAACUACCUCGAAGACUUCUUUAACUUUGUUAACACACACCCAGACUUCGCUGGUCCCACCCAGGAAGUUAUGACUGAAAUCCUGCAGUUUGAGGCGGAUCGCCGCUCCAUCAAUAUUACUUUGAACUCCUUCGGCACGGAGCUGUCCAAGCAAGAACGGAGGAAGCUGUACCCGGAAUUUGGCAUGCUCUACCCAGAGGGUAGCUUGAUGCUGUCUCGAGCAGAAGAUAUCGAGGGUGUGGCUCUGGCCGUGAGUGCUGUCGCAGACUACAAGGCCUUCUUUGAUGCCGUGGGCCUUAACCAGGGUGGAGGUCUUGGUGGAAUGGGUGGAAGUGAUGGAAAGAGUCUUGAAGACCUCUUCUACCAGAAGGAGAUGGAUAUGUCGAAGCUAGUAUUCACCCGUCAGUUCACCCCGGCGGUGGUGUAUGGGUGGAUGAAGCUGAAGGAGCAGGAAAUCCGAAAUGUUACCUGGAUCUCGGAGUGCAUUGCUCAGAACCAGAAGGAAAGAAUUGGUAACUUCAUUUCUGUCUUUUAA